AUGCCAUCCGUCAAGACUACCUCUAAAAAAGCAAUGACUGUUGUUAAGAACGUCAACAUUCGACGGCUACAGGCCAAUCUAGAAGAGAACUGGUACAACAAGCCUAAUAAGGAGAACGAGAGUGCUGCUGAAAAGAUGACCGAGAAGAGCAAGAAACAAGUGUCAAAGCCACGUAGAAAGCGAGCAGCCGAUUCUUCUAGUUCGCCGAAAAACGAUAAAAAUAAGACAGUCCCAGUGCCUCCGAAAGUUCCGAAGAUCAAGAAAAUCAUCAAUGUCACUGUGUACCCAGUAAGCCAAAAGGAGACAGAUUCAGCUGUUCAGGGACUUCUGGAAGCGGAGGAACGAGAGGAGAGAAUUGUGGCCAACUACGGAGAGUACAUCCCGAAGAGAUGGUAG